AUGAGAGAGGUGAUCGAUUCCGGUGUAAACUUGGGCCCACCGCGGAGCUUCGGAGUAGUAUUCAAAUCGAAAGCGAAGGAGACGUUUUUCCCUGAUGAUCCCUUUGGGCACUUACAGAAGGAGCCUUUGGGAAUUAAGACACUGAAAACCAUACAAUAUUUCGUUCCCAUCUCCCAAUGGCUUCCUAGAUACAGCUUAUCUGUUUUCAAGUACGAUCUUCUUGCCGGCAUCACCAUCGCUAGUCUCGCUAUCCCGCAAGGCAUCAGUUAUGCUAAUCUCGCUAAACUUCCUCCCAUAAUUGGCCUGUACUCGAGUUUUGUUCCGCCGCUUGUGUACGCCGUAUUCGGGAGCUCAAAGCAUCUUGCGGUGGGGACAGUGGCAGCAUGUUCAUUGCUCAUAGCUGAGACAAUCGGAGAAAAAGCAUCUCCCACUGAGAACCAACAACUGUACAUAAGUUUAGUUUUCACGGCCACUCUUUUCUCUGGUUUGUUUCAGACUGUUCUUGGCGUCUUAAGAUUAGGUAUAUUGGUGGAUUUCCUGUCACACUCAACAAUAUCAGGAUUCAUGGGGGGAACAGCAAUUUUAAUCAUCUUACAGCAAAUGAAAGGAAUGCUUGGAAUGAAGCAUUUUACUACCAAUACUGGUGUCGUUGCUGUUCUCAAAGCCAUUUUCAGAUAUAGAGAUGAGUGGAAUUGGAGAUGCGCCGUCAUUGGCGUAAUAUUCCUCGUCUUUCUCCAGCUCACCAGAUUUGUUAAAAAGAAGAAACCGAAGCUAUUUUGGGUGUCAGCCAUGGGACCAAUGGUAGUUGUGCUUGCUGGUUGCUUGUUCGCAUACUUUGCUCAUGCUCAAAAACUUGGCAUUGCCACCGUGGGUAUUCUAAAGAAAGGAAUAAACCAACCAUCUAUUGAUCGUUGGAACUUCGAUCCCAUGUACAUAUCUGCUCCAUUGAAAGCAGGACUUAUCACUGGUUUGAUUGCUCUCACGGAAGGUAUCGCCAUUGGAAGAAGUUUUGCUCUAGCAACAAAUGACCAAGUUGAUGGGAACAAGGAGAUGAUUGCGUAUGGGCUGAUGAACAUAGUUGGAUCUAUGACUUCCUGCUAUUUAACCACUGGUCCAUUCUCGAAAACGGCAGUUAAUUUUAACGCGGGAUGCAAAACCCCAAUGGCAAACAUCGUGCAAUCACUGUGCAUGUUGCUUGUGCUUCUGGUGUUAGCCCCUGUGUUCAGCUACACCCCACAGGUGGCUCUGUCGGCAAUUAUCAUCUCAGCAAUGCUUGGGUUGAUCAAGUAUAAAAAGUAUUAUCACCUCUUUAAGACAGACAAGUUCGAUUUCAUCAUUUGCAUGUCAGCAUUUUUUGGUGUUAGCUUCAUAAGCAUGGACAUGGGACUCAUCAUAUCCGUUGGACUUUCUUUGGUACGGGCAUUAUUGUACGUGGCAAGGCCUCCGGUUUGCAAGCUUGGAAACAUACAAAACUCCAACUUGUAUCGUGAUGUGGAGCAGUACCCUCAUGCUACUCUGCCGCCGGGCUUUCUUGUUCUCAAGCUUGGAUCCCCUAUUUAUUUUCCUAAUGCUACUUACAUUAAAGAAAGGAUCUUGAGAUGGGUCCGAGAUGAACAACACCCAGCAAACCAUCAGAUCGAAUAUGUCUUACUCGACUUGGGAGCAGGUGUGACAGCAAUCGACAAUACAGGAGUUGAAUCAUUAUUCGAAAUUAGAAGAAACUUAGAAACAAAAGGAAUCAAGAUGAUGUUGGUUAACCCAAGGAUCGAUGUCAUGGACAAACUGAUUCUUACAAAUUUCGUCGACAAGAUCGGCAAGGAUGCAAUUUUCAUAUCAAGUGAAGAUGCGAUUGAUGCUUGCAAAUUUUCACUCCGACGUUCGAAGCAAGUGGAUGAAGAAGGUGCAAAUGGUUCAUAA